CGCGGGUCACGUGGGGGUGCGGCUGGCUGCAGCUGCGGCGGUGGAGACGGGGGCGGUGGCCGCGCGGGUCCGGCGGGACCGGCUUUGGAGAGUGCGCUGCCCUGAAGGUUGCCAUGGCUGCUGUUGACAGCUUCUACCUCUUGUAUCGGGAAAUUGCCAGAUCUUGCAACUGUUAUAUGGAAGCUCUAGCUUUGGUUGGAGCCUGGUAUACGGCCAGAAAAAGCAUCACCGUCGUCUGUGACUUUUACAGCCUGAUCAGGCUGCAUUUUAUCCCUCGCCUGGGGAGCCGAGCAGACUUGAUCAAGCAGUAUGGAAGAUGGGCCGUCGUCAGUGGUGCCACGGAUGGGAUUGGAAAAGCCUACGCCGAAGAGUUAGCGAGCCGGGGUCUCAAUAUCAUCCUGAUCAGUCGGAACAAAGAGAAGCUGCAGACUGUUGCUAAAGACAUAGCCGACACCUACAGAGUGGAAACCGAUAUCAUAGUUGCGGACUUCAGCAGGGGCCGGGAGAUCUACAUUCCGAUUCGAGAAGCCCUGAAAGACAGAGACAUUGGCAUCUUGGUAAAUAACGUGGGCGUGUUUUAUCCCUACCCCCAGUAUUUCACUCAGGUCUCCGAGGACAAACUCUGGGAUCUCAUAAAUGUGAAUAUUGCCGCCGCUAGUUUGAUGGUCCAUAUAGUGUUACCGGGAAUGGUGGAGAGAAAGAAAGGUGCCAUCGUCACCAUCUCUUCUGGCUCCUGCUGCAAGCCCACUCCCCAGCUGGCUGCGUUCUCUGCUUCUAAGGCUUAUUUAGACCACUUCAGCAGAGCAUUGCAGUAUGAAUAUGCUUCCAAAGGAAUCUUUGUGCAGAGUCUCAUCCCGUUCUAUGUAGCUACCAACAUGACUGCACCUAGCAGCUUCCUGCAUAAAUGCCCCUGGUUGGUGCCUUCGCCAAAAGUGUACGCACAUCAUGCUGUUUCUACCCUUGGAAUUUCGAAAAGGACCACAGGAUACUGGUCCCAUUCUAUUCAGUUUCUUUUUGCACAGUAUAUGCCUGAAUGGCUGUGGGUGUGGGGAGCAAAUAUUCUCAACCGUUCAUUACGUAAGGAGGCCUUGUCCCGCAAAGCGUAAGUCUGAGUGCUUGUUUGAGAAGUCUCGCCAGCUCUUGGGAAUCUACAGUAUUCUGACAUUUGGACAAACAUAUUUAAUUUAUCUUAUGUAUUUUCUUUUGUUACUGAUUAUUUAGCAUACUCUUGAGUCAUCAUUUGUAGAGCAAGCAUAAUACUUUCAGAGAGUGCCCUGGAAAACCUCAAGGGACAUGUGGACAGCACAAGAGUCAUUAACAGCCGAGGCAUAGGAGCUGACUGAGGAAA